CCAAAAAAAUUAAAGAAAACUUUCAUGCAUUUCAUCUCAUAACUGUCUCUCUUUCUUUCUCUCUUACUCUCACAAACACAAACACAAACACAACAAUGGGGGUUCAAUUAGCCUCCUCAUCCUCAUUGAUUAUGUUGAUGGUGAUGAUGAUAUUGAUGUCAAGCAAAUUGAUGAACAUGUGUUUCAGUUACCCAACUUGCCAACCAACAUACCCACCACAUGCAGUUCCAAUAUAUGAAGAAGAUGUGGAUUUGCUGCAAUUUGCAGAGAACCUAGAGCACUUGGAAGCUGACUUCUUCCUGUGGGGAGCAUUGGGAUUCGGGCUCGACAAGGUUGCCCCUCAGCUUGUCAUGGGUGGACCUCCUCCCAUUGGUGUCCAGAAAGCUAAUCUUGACUCUCUUACACACAGCAUCAUCUAUGAAUUUGGAUUUGAAGAAGUCGGUCAUCUCAGGGCCCUAAAAUCAACGGUUGGUGGGUUUCCAAGGCCUCUGAUGGAUCUGAGUGCUCACAACUUUGCAAAACUGUUUGAUGAAGCAUUUGGAUAUCAACUGAGACCAGCAUUCGACCCAUAUCGAGACAGCCUGAGUUACAUGUUAGGUUCCUAUGUGAUUCCAUACAUGGGAAUUGUUGGUUAUGUUGGCGCCAAUCCCCUUCUCAAUGGCUACAAGUCAAAGCGGCUCUUGGCAGGACUCUUAGGGGUAGAGGCCGGACAAGAUGCUGUUAUACGAAUGUACCUCUACGAGCGAGCUGAAGAACUGGUGCACCCAUACAACCACACAGUGGCAGAGUUUACGAUCCGAAUUUCACAGCUGAGGAACAACUUGGCAAUGUGUGGGAUCAAAGACGAAGGUAUCAUAGUGCCACCUGAGCUCGGUGCAGAGAAUCGGACAGAGACCAACGUCUUAUCCUCCAAUUUCGACUCCAUCUCUUACAGGAGAACUCCAGCUGAGAUUCUGAGGGUUUUAUAUGACACUGGCGACGAGCAUAAGCCUGGCGGAUUCUUCCCUCAUGGAGCUAAUGGAAAGAUUGCCAGAGACUUUCUCAAAAUGCCAUAUUGAAUAAAAAAAAAUUGCCAUAUAGUUGCUUAAUUUGAUGCAUAUUAGUAUAUGAACAUGUUGAGUAAGAAAGUGUUACAAUCACAUUAAAAUAAAUACAAUGGGCAGUUCUUUUGUUAUAUUGUUUUACAUUAAAUAAAUACUUUAGUUUUUUUUGUUACAACAUUAAAUAAAUACUUUGUAUUUGUAUAAAACUUAAAUGAUUUAUUUCAGCUUCUAAAUAUUUAUUACCA